AGUAAUAGCUAAUAGCUUAUUUUUCAGUUAUCAUGGGAAUGGCAGAUAUUCAUUCCAAACGUUCUCUUACUGUUGCAAUUUUUGCUAUCUUUCUCAUCUUCUACGUAAGCAAAGUAGCUGUAGCCGGGAAAUUAUUUCCUUCCCUAGGGAUGGAUCCCGUACAACUGGGUUUAAGAAAGGAAAAAUUUAGUCAUUUUCGUGUAUAUUGGCACGAUAAUGCCGGUGUCUCGAAUCCGACAACAAUUCAAGUAGCAGGUGCAAAUUCGACACAGGAUUCCAUAACUGGGUUUGGUGCUAUUUUGGUGUUCGACGACGCUCUAACAGAAGGAUCAGAUCCAAGUUCCAAACGUCUUGGACGAGCUCAAGGAACUUAUACUUUAGCUGGCGUUGAUGAACCUGUGGCACUUGUGAAUGCCAAUAUUGUUUUUACAAUUGGGAAAUAUAAUGGCAGUACUUUAGGUAUAAUGGGGAGGAACAUGUUGGUACCAGAAGUUAGAGAACUGAUUAUUAUUGGUGGCACUGGACUCCUUCGAUUCGCACGUGGUUAUGUUGAAGCUCGGACUCAUCUUCUUAGUAUUAUAGCUCGACAAGUUAUUGUUGAGUACAACUUGUAUGUUUAUCAUUAUUGAUGAUCAUAUAUUUUGCUUCUCCUUCUGUUAUGCUAGUUCACUUCCUUAUCUCUGUCAUGUAAGGAUACGAACGCUAUCUAUCCUCUUGUCUCAGUGUUCUUCAUUUUGUUUAUUCUCCAGCUAAAUGUAUGUUUUUUUUGUGGUGUAACACUUAUUUU